CGUCCAUUCAAUUGGUCUGUCACAAACCUGUUUCAUGCAACCCUCCGUCUGUCACUCAACACCACAGUAUCUCCUCCUCCUUGCUUGGCAUCAGACUGGUGUGUGCCGACCUUGUUCCAGCGACGAGCUACCCGAAAGCCAGCUGUUUACAGCAAAUACAUUUCUGGCAAAAGCCACCGGUCCGGCACGCAUUCCAUCCUCUCUUACGGGCUGUGGUAGUAGCCGUAUAUUUUACCGUCAAAAUGAGUCAGGAUGUGAUGGGGUGCUGCCCUGCUAUCGCUAGCUAGGCGGACAAAUUCCUUCAACCAGCUUUCUGUUUCAAUCACUGCGGGUUGACACAACGUUAGCUGAGGCGUUUUUAAGUGAGCUAGCGGGCUAUCGAGGCUGCUCUCGUGGCCGUUACGUGUAAUUUAGCCAAGGUUAGCUAAUGUAACUUUGUUACUUAGAAAACGGGCGCAUUGCUGCGGCGUAGUGCAACAACGGUUAUCACUUUGUUAGCUACUAGCAAGGACGACUACUUUUUCUAGCGUGAACUAGCUAGCCUACGUUGGUGAGACUGCACAGAAAACAACUGUUACGGGGUUGGAUGUCGCGACACUGCAGUUUUGAACCACUUUUGGCGGAUUUGGAAGACAGAAUUGGACCACAGUGACAGACGAAAAUAUAGAAUUGGACCACCAAUUAACAGUGGGUGUUAAUGAUAUAAACCAGGUGUUAAGUGGCUAAUCCGUGGCAGUUGCAGUCAUUUUAACAUUAACGUUAGCUGUAUUAAGGCAGAGCAUCUCGGGGAGGCCCCACCGUCUCUUGACUCCCAUGUCCGAAUCUCCCGUGAUUUGACGAGAACACCCCGGUGAAGUCGCAGUUGUUCUCGGCUGGGGGGACAACUUGACAGCGAGGCCCAUAGCUAGUCUCCCCUCCCCCAGUCCCGUUCAUCCAUCCGUCCAGCCCAACAGAUCACCUCCUCGCCCAGGAUCGAAGCGAGGACCGGGGAAUCGGGAUAAGCUGAAACCGUGUGUCGGGUCCCGUCUUAACCGGGCUGCCAAAACCAGAGGGGAUGACUCUGGAGUCCAUGAUGGCUUGCUGCCUGAGCGAAGAGGCGAAGGAGUCGAAACGAAUCAAUGCAGAAAUUGACAAACAACUCCGCCGAGACAAGCGAGACUCCAGGAGAGAGCUGAAAUUACUACUUCUCGGAACGGGAGAAAGUGGCAAGAGCACCUUCAUCAAGCAGAUGAGGAUCAUUCAUGGAGCCGGGUACUCAGACGAAGAUAAGAGAGGCUUCAUCCGGCUUGUUUACCAAAACAUCUUCACCUCCAUGCAGUCCAUGAUCCGCGCCACUGAGACCCUUAAGAUCCCCUACAAAUUUGAACAGAAUCGGUCUAAUGCUAUGCUCGUGAAGGAGGUGGACAUUGAGAAGAUCAAUGGGUUUGACUAUCCCUACAUUGCAGCUAUCAAAUGUCUGUGGUCCGACCCAGGGAUCCAGGAGGCCUAUGACCGCCGCCGAGAGUACCAGCUCUCUGACUCCACUAAAUAUUACCUUAGCGAUAUAGACCGUGUGACUACGGAGGGAUACGUUCCCACCCAGCAGGAUGUGCUGAGGGUCCGUGUUCCCACCACGGGUAUUAUAGAAUACCCGUUUGACCUGGAGAACGUCAUCUUCAGGAUGGUGGAUGUAGGGGGUCAGAGGUCAGAGAGAAGGAAGUGGAUUCACUGCUUUGAGAAUGUCACUUCAAUUAUGUUUCUGGUGGCGCUGAGUGAGUACGACCAAGUCCUGGUGGAGUCCGACAACGAGAACCGUAUGGAGGAGAGUAAAGCUCUGUUCAGGACCAUCAUUACCUACCCCUGGUUUCAAAACUCCUCUGUCAUCCUCUUCCUCAACAAGAAGGACCUGCUGGAGGAGAAGAUCUCCUACUCACACUUGGUGGACUAUUUCCCAGAGUUUGAUGGCCCCCAGAGAGAUGCACAGGCAGCGCGAGAGUUCAUUCUCAAGAUGUUUGUGGACUUAAACCCAGACAGCGACAAGAUCAUCUACUCUCAUUUCACUUGUGCCACGGACACUGAGAACAUCCGCUUUGUGUUUGCAGCUGUCAAAGACACCAUCCUACAGCUCAAUCUCAAAGAGUACAAUCUGGUGUGAGGGCCCAUGUACGACGCACAUCUCUUCCCCCCCGCCCCCAUUGCACAAUGCACACCUCUUUGGGAUUGUGCACUCAAGUUCACAUGAAUUACACAGCACACCAUGCCGGCACGCACACAUCACACACACGCACACACACACACACACACACACACACACACACAUACAUCACACACACACCCACCCCCACACACCCUGACGGAACCCUUUUUUUCCCCUCCAGUACAGGACAUUCACAAGUCCUUCCACCUGCAAACCCCGCCCCUCCUCUUUCACCAAAGCUCGACCUUUUUCUCUGUCGCUCGGCAGCUUGUUGUGUCGGAGUCCCUGCUCCUCCCCACGCUGCUCCGUGGUUUAGAUUUGGCCCUGACUGCUGGCUCUGGCACAUUGUAUCUGGCACACAAACCUUUCACACGGACUGUACAGUGACUGAAGAGGACUUUGGUGUUUGUGUGUUGUGUGUGUGUGUGGGUGUGUGUGUGUAUUUGGGGCAGCAUUGACUAGCGAGGAGCUGUGUUUUGGUGAAUCGCGGCAUCAAACCUCUUUGGCCCUCCCGGAGUAACCCUCAGCAGUGUGAGAUCAGAUCCUUUCUGAGCUCCUAUCGGUGUGGAAGGAAGUAAAUACUGUAUCUCCUGAAACCACCUAAGAAAGCAGCCAGCGGCAUCAUGUUUUUUUGGGACAGAGUGACUCAGUCAGGAAGUGAGGUUGCACGCUGGACACAAGGGGACUGGCUGAGGACUCUGUCCAUCUCGCAUCUAUGAAUGUACCCACCAGUGUGAGCAUCGCAAUCACAAAAAAAAAAAAAAAAAAAAAAAAAAAUAAUAGAAUUAUAUAUUACGAAGUAAACAAACUUAGGACAAACAGCACGAGAGGGCAAGACAUAGCUAAUCAAAAUCUGUUCAUUGCUGAGAUUUUUAAAAUAUUUUUAAUGAUAGAAAUUUGUUGCUGCGUCUACUUCUAUUUAACAAAUAAUGGCUAAAAGGAAUGGUGAUAAGAAGUGGUGAGAAAAUGUAUAAAAACUUUGCAAAACAAAGGCAUCUAAAGAAAAGAAGCAACCAGAAAUUAACUUGACAUAAGUAUCCUUUAAAGAUUUCUGUGGGAUUUUUUUUUUUGUUUGUUUUAAGUUAAUCACAUCGCUUCCCUCCUCCAGAUGUGUUCUGUAUGGAUUCACAGGGACAAUCUUCCAUGUGACGUUCACAGCAUCUGGCUCCACUGAUACACCCCCACACCCUUAUUACAAAACGCUAGUAGCGGGUGAGAGGACCCUGCUUGCGAUACAGGCUCCUCCUUGAUUGGUGGAAGCGGAUGUGGAGGGGAGCGUGAUGUCAUCAGUGUUUAUCAGCCCACAGAGCACAUCUGCAGCUCGGGCUGCAAAGUAGCUUAUUUAGCGAAAUAAAAGCUGUAAAUUAAACACGCCCGCACCCCGGGGUGUAAAUGGAAUCCAUGCGGUAACAUCUCUGAUGGCGUCACACCUGCGUCACUCAGCCGUCCAAUCAGACACACUUCCUGAUGGUGACACAUCAGGAUGUGCUUUUGUUUACUUUUUUUUUUUUUUUUUUUUUUUUUUUAACUGUAUAGUCACUUUGUUUAUAUAAAGAUUGCUUGCUGUUGAGUGGUGAGAGGAAGGGGUGGGGGGGGCUAUGAACCUUUCACAGAAGACACUCUAAAGUCUUGCAAAUGUUGUUUGUGUAUAUUCGUUUGUAAAUACAUAUACACAAAACACUCCUGUACAAAAACGCUCUGUGGUACACCAUCUUUGGCAAAAAAAAAAAAAAAAAAAAAAAAAAAAAAAGUAUCAACUUCUUUCAUUAGCAUACAGUUUUUUUUCCUAUGAAUUUAUGGUAGUAGUUAUGCUGUGAUUAUGGAUUUUGUUAACUUGACUAAUAGGACUACACAGAGCUGAGUGGUGUUGAGGAAAUGAUCGGCAAGGAGCAAUGGUCAGAGAAAAGAGGGUCUUCCCAACCAGCCUCAUGACUCCGAACUACUGCUACAGCUCUGGCUCCAGAGUAUACUAACUAGGGCUGGUAUAAAAUCUUCACAGUGUGGUGACCAGAUGAUUUUAAGAGUAAUUAAAGAUUUCUUUUUUUUUUUUUUUUUUUUUUUAAUUUAUCUAAUUUAUGGACCAGGUUUGAAGGUGUUUGAUAAUUUGACUGCUUUUGAUUCUGUCAUGUUGAAGUGCUCCUUUUCUCAUGGCGGAGCCUACUUGAGUCUGAACUGCUGUAAAAAAACAAAAAAACAAAAAAAAAACUGAAUGUCUGGUAUAGUAAGGACUUUAUCUCUGCUUUCUAUUUCUUAUUGAGACAUUUCCAGUUGUACUUCUCCAUCACAUCUCCAUCCAUGAUAAUAGUGUUUUUUUAGGAGCCCUCACAUUUGUUUGAUUUUAAAAAGAAAAAAAGAAACUUGUAUUUUCUCUCGAUUUAUAGAUGCAGCGCUGUAAUGCAUACCUAGAAAAAAUGUACAGUACGAACGUAGGUGGACUUUUUUAUCCGUGAUUGAAGACCCACGCGGUCCAUGCUUGCUAUUUGUAAUUUUAACACAACACGUUGUCGGUUUUUGCAUUGUUAAUUUCCAGUUUUUUGAGGCUUGCUUUGAUAGUGCCAGUGAAGUGCAGAAAUACUUUUUUGGUCUUUGACCUUUUCUACAGGUGACUUAUCCUUCAUCCUCAUUAAGGGCUAUCACAGUGCAUCAGUGUGGACAGUGUGGAGUGGAGUACAGGACCACAGUGUACCAAGUCAUCCACUACUAAUCCUUGUUUAUGAAUGGAGAUUACUUGGUAUAGGCAGGGUGUUAAUGCAAACAUACGGUGUAUGUGUAGAGAGUUUACCAACACUAAUCAGUUUUCUUUAUGUAUCUGGCCCUUUGGUGAAUUAAGUGGACCCAGUAUCUGGCUCUCCAACUUUUUACUACUACUUAUUUGUUUGCAUCGGUAUCACAGUGUUAUUUGUAAUACCUCAUGCAGUAUAGAAACACUUAUCCCUAAAGACACUACUACCAGGACAAGUAUUGCAUGUUUCCCCCAAGUAUUUGACUUAAUGACCAUGCUUGUGGCUUGGCAUGUUUUAACCCAUUAACUACAAAUCGCAUACUUUAUUGAUGACCAUUUCUCCGGUUUCUAAAUUGAUUUACUACGUUGCUAUUAGCUUCCGUUCGUGCAAGUAAGGUUUGAAAAUUAACUUUAAACUUGAUUUUGAGAGAGAAUCCAUACCACGGUUGACAUUUAGUCACUUUUUUUUGCAUUAAUGUGCAAUAGUGCAUUAACACUCUUGUUGCAAUCAAAGAAGCUCUGAUCAACUAAGUGGGAAUGCACCAAUCAAAAUGUUAUUUUCCUGAUACAGAGUACUUAUCCAAUACUAGUGCUCUUUUUUUUUUUUUUUUUUUUUUUUUUUUUUCUUUGAAAAUUUGAAAUUGUUAUUGGAAAUAUAUUAUUUUUAAGGUAAAAAAAAAACAAACAGUCAGAAUAACAUUGUAACACUAAAUUGUAUGACACUGACAAAUAAACUAUCGGUUAUGCCUGGCCAGUCUCAAUCGCUAAUCGCUGAAAAGUUAGAGAAUCAAUUUAAAAACUUAAGGCGUGCUUAAAAAAUGAGAAGCAGUGAUGUAAAGUUUCAACACUAAGUUAAUGGGGCUAAAAUAUAUAUUUUUUCAAAACGCCAGUGUGGUCCUUAAUUGCCAUUUUUUGUCUGCUGAAAAUGACCCUAACCUUGAGCGUAAGAAAGCAGACAGCCAAGCGUUAGACUGCUGUCAGUAUUUCAGUGGAACGAUAUACCAGUAUAUGGAUACCCAAGUAUUUUAUCAGUAGUUGUGUUAAAAUUUACUGUGUGUUGAGUGCAGCUCACUUUAAUGGUGAUGAACCAUGUUGUAUUUUUAAACUUGACACUACAACUCUGGCACAUGGUGAAGGGCUGACUGGCUGUUAGUGUGGGUUUGGUAGUGUUUUAGCAGCCCAGUGUUGCACAGUGUGCUUUUGACACAUUUUAUCUCAACCAUAUGUGAGCAGGAGAGAGGGAAGGCAGGUCUGUAUGAAACUUAAAUCUCCUCCUCAUUCUUUCAUUCUUGUCUGUUUUGAGCAAUGACCAGUGGAAAGACUGGAUUAGUUUUUCACUACAACACACUCUUAUUUAUUGCCUUUCAUUGCCUUGAAUAAUGAAAGAUGGUGUUGCCGGUCCUUCUACGGUGUCUGAGCAUGCUCUGUGACUAUGUGGGGGGGAGGGGGGGGGACCGUGGUUGUGUGAUUUUCUUUUUUUUUUUUCCUUUCUGUGGGCGUUUCAGAAUAAGUGGAAUCAAACUUAUCUUUUGGACAUCAGUAUGGAGUCAGUGCAUAUUCAAAAUGUAAAUCUUGUUCCCUUUUUUUUUUGUGUGUGUGUGUUUUUCCAUUUCCUGUAUAAAAACAUUACCAGAACUCUAUUAUUUAGGACCACUUGAUUUAUUGUUCCUCACUCCAAUGAAACCUGAAGGUCAAUUGUGUAGUGGUGUAUAAAAUGCUGUUUUCUUUAUUUUGUAUGUAAACCAAAUGUAAAUGAUGUAAUAUACUGAGUGUGCCAACCCCACUCUCUCUAGAGCCAGGCUCUCUAAGUGCCAACGCUGUGGUCAUCAUCAAAGGACCCCACCACCUGAGAUGGUUCUCCCCCCCCUUUUUAAAUAAAACACACCAGAGACUAAAAGGGUAGAUGAUUAAGUACACACAAAGACUUUAUUCUGUAUUUAAGAUUGAAGAUUCAAAAGAUAAUCUACUGUUUUUUUUUAAGAAACUGUAAUUAUAAUUGCAUGUGCUGUUUAUUUUGUGUUUGAAGUGAGGGCUUUGAUGUAUUCAUUGAAGCAGAGCUCUUGAUGAAGGGGAGUUCAAUCAGUUGGUUAUUAUCGAUUAUUGAUUUACAUAACUUGCCAUAUUUUUUUAUGUGUUUCAUGUGUUUGUUUCAACCACUGUUGCCUGAUCCUCAUUCAAACAUGAACAUGACUUACGAUCAUUGCCGCCUUCUAAGAGAGAAACAUAAUGACAAGGUAUCUGUUUUAAAUUGAAAUAAAUUUGUUCCUAUACUUGCU